AUGACUACAGGUGAAAAUUCAAACCCAGUUUGCUCUAUCUAUCUAUCUAUCUAUCUAUCUAUCUAUCUAUCUAUCUAUCUAUCUAUCUAUCUAUCUAUCCCAGUCUGGUCGAUAAUGAUCUAUCUAUCUAUCUAUCUAUCUAUCUAUCUAUCUAUCUAUCUAUCCCAGUCGAUAAUGAUCUAUCUAUCUAUCUAUCUAUCUAUCUAUCUAUCUAUAUAUCUAUCAUCUAUCCCAGUCUGGUCGAUAAUGAUCUAUCUAUCUAUCUAUCUAUCUAUCUAUCUAUCUAUCUAUCUAUCUAUCCCAGUCUGGUCGAUAAUGAUCUAUUAUCUAUCUAUCUAUCUAUCUAUCCCAGUCUGGUCGAUAAUGAUCUAUCUAUCUAUCUAUCUAUCUAUCUAUCUAUCUAUCUAUCUAUCUAUCUAUCUAUCUAUCUAUCUAUCCCAGGUCGAUAAUCAUCUCUCUAUUCUAUAUAUCUAUCUAUCUAUCUAUCUCUAUUCUAUCUAUCUAUCUAGGAUAUUAAUCUCUCUAUCUAUCUAUUUAUCUCAUCUUAAUCGAUCUAUCUAUCUAUCUAUCUAUCUAUCUAUCUAUCUAUCUAUCUAUCUAUCUCAAGAUGUUCUCUAUCUAUCUAUAUGUUCAUCUCUCUUCCUCCCUCUCUCUCUAUCUAUCUAUCGCUGUAUCUCAAGAUGUUCUCUUCUCUCUAUCUAUCUAUGUAUGUCAAGAUGUUCAUCUCUCUCUCACUUUAUCUAUCUAUCUAUGUAUCGCAAAAUGUUCAUCUCUCUCUCUCUUUUUUAUAUAUCUAUCUAUGUAUCUCAUGAUGUGCAUCUAUCUAUCUAUCUAUCUAUCUAUCUAUCUAUCUAUCUAUCUAUCUAA